GGCGAUUUGAAAGUGUCACUAUGAACGGUGAUUUAUCGAUGCAAGGUAGUAUGAAUAAGAUAUUUUAUAAUCUGCGAAAAAAGGUAAGGAAUAUUCUAGAUUUUAGAUUUUAGAAUUUCCACGUCACAGACGAGUGUGUUUUGUUAUUUGAUUUGUAAUAUUGCUGCAGUUCUCUUAAUAGCUGUUCGUUUCAUGCGAUACUCGCACAUAGUAUCUAUGACUUUUGCUUCUAACAAUUUUUAUAAUUAGGCUGUAUCAAAUAUUUUUAACGUUCGUGUUUCAUGAAAAAUCAUGUGUAACUCGUUGAAUUCGCAAAUGUAACAAAAAAUUACAUGAAAAACCUUAUAUUAUUGUAAUGAAAAAAUAAUUAUAUUAGGAGGAGAGUCGUAUUUCGGAACGUCAUCGGAACAUAUUACACCUUGUAUGUGAUUAUUUGGAACACAAUGGGUGAGUAUAUUAUAAUUAAAAUAUAUUCCUAGUUCCAAUUCUUUUGAAUAGUGUCAGUGACCAAUCGAAAUAGAAAUCAGUGGACAUCAUGGAGAGAGAAGGCGAAACCAAAUUUGAAAAUUCGACAUCGGUAAUUCAGUAGUUAAGAAUAACUCAAUCGAUUAUGUAGAUUAACUAGUUAUAAACAAAUAUAUGAAGUAUAAAUUCAAAUUAUUCUUAUCCAUCUAAAAAUUGGAAAUUAAAAAGCAGAAGACAAGAAAUUAUCUUCGAGGAUUUAUAUAGUAAAUACAUUCUUUUGCCUGUCUUACCUAGAGAUAAAACAGUUGUUUGAUGGUUAUCUUAUAGUGUUCAGUCAUUGCGAAAAAUAUUUUUAAUUAGUUAAAAACUAUAAUUAAUUAAAAACUACAUUUUUUUAUGUAUAUAGACGUUAGCGAUGUAUUAUUCCGGGAAGCUCGUCUAUCUCCCGAACAUCGGGUUUGCGACAACAUCGAUUUGGAAAUUAUCGUUGCAGAGUAUGAAAAUUAUUACAAGAUGAAAUUUCAAAAAUAUCCCAUAUUGUGUAAGAAAAUAACUGGAAGGGAAAUGACGAGGGAAGUGACAAAUGCAAGCAAAACUGUUUGUAGAAGUAUUGAGACAAAAGCCAAAUCUGUUAGUAAACAAGCGAGAAGUGAGCCUGUGAAAGAGACGAAUCUACAGCAGAAGAUAACUGAUGACAAUACGAAUCAUAUUAAUCUCGCAAUGACAGUGACGUCAAUAUUCCCCAAUGAGAAUGAUGGACGUUCAUCAGAAGAGCUAUUUAACGUCCCAAUGGAACAAUCCAUGCAAUCGAAGAUAUUGAAAUGCGUUGAAAAGCUUUAUUCAGAUAAUCCGGAAUUACGAAAGAUUGCUGAGGACAUCUCAUGCUAACGCUUCAAAUAUCAAAUUACGUAACACUUACUUAAUAUAGAGAAGACGCCAUUUUAUCUUUGUAUCGUCACAGGAGAUCAUAGUAAACAAAUUAAAUGUACAUUGGGAUGACGUUAUAGGCCUAGAGGAAUGUAAAACCGC